AGCUUUUUUCUCAUUUGGAAAGGGGAGGGAAGCUCAGACUAUGGUUUGCGAAGUGGCGGAUGAGAUCAUGGCGGGAAGUGCUGAUUCUUCCGCUGGAAGAUCCAGAGGUCCGAGGCUCUUCAUUAAGGAAAUGGUUUUGAGAAACUUCAAAUCGUACGCCGGUGAGCAGCGCGUUGGACCCUUCCAUAAGAGUUUUUCUGCGGUGGUUGGACCCAAUGGCAGUGGAAAAAGUAAUGUAAUCGAUGCUAUGUUAUUUGUCUUUGGCAAGCGAGCGAAACAGAUGCGACUCAACAAAGUCUCAGAGCUAAUUCAUAAUUCUACCGAUCACCAAAAUCUAGAGAGUGCAAGUGUUUCAGUUCACUUCGAAGAAAUAGUUGAUUCGGAUAAUGAGGAAUAUGAAGUUGUUCCUGGAAGUGACUUUGUUAUAACCCGGGCUGCCUUUCGUGAUAACUCUUCUAAAUACUAUAUUAAUAAUCGUGCAAGUAACUUCACUGAAGUUACCAAAAAAUUGAAGGGUAAAGGAGUUGAUUUGGACAACAAUCGCUUUUUAAUUCUUCAGGGUGAAGUCGAGCAGAUUUCACUGAUGAAGCCAAAAGCUCAAGGACCUCAUGAUGAGGGAUUCCUUGAAUAUUUGGAGGAUAUAAUUGGAACCAUCAAAUAUGUUGAAAUGAUUGAUGAGUCAAACAAGCAGCUUGAGUUCCUCAAUGAAAAACGUACUGGAGUGGUGCAAAUGGUUAAGUUAGCUGAGAAGGAAAGAGAUGGCUUGGAGGAUGUCAAGAAUGAAGCAGAAGCCUACAUGCUGAAAGAAUUAUCACAUUUAAAGUGGCGAGAGAAAGCCUCUAAACUAGCUCAUGAAGAUACUAUAAAGAGAGUGACUGAACUUCAAGAUGAAGUGUUCACCUUAGAAGCAAAUCAGAAAACUGAGCGGGAAAAGAUUCGUGAAACUAGCAAGGAACUGAAGGAACUUGAAGCUGUGCAUGAAAAAAAUAUGAAGAGAAAAGAGGAAUUGGAUGAUGACUUGCGAAGAACCAAGGAAAUGUUUAAGGACUUUGAACGUCAGGAUGUUAAAUACCAUGAGGAUUUGAAGCACAUAAAGCAGAAGAUUAAGAAACUUAAUGAUAAGUUUGAAAAGGAUUCUACAAAAAUUGACGACUUAAGAAAGGAGUGUGAAGAAUCAACAAGCUUGAUUCCGAAGCUUGAAGAAAGUAUUCCACAAUUGCAAAAACUUCUUUCAAAGGAGGAGAAUAUAUUGGAGGAGAUUCAAGAAAAUUCAAAAGUUCAAAUUGAGAUGUACCGCUCAGAGUUGGCAAAAGUUCGUGUUGAAUUAGAACCUUGGGAAAAGCAACUGAUUGAGCACAAGGGAAAACUUGAAGUCGCACGUACUGAGAGUAGACUAUUGACUGAGAAGCAUGAAGGUGAUCGUGUAGCUUUUGAUGAUGCUCGCAAGCAGAUGGAUAACAUACUGAAAAGCAAAGAAGAAAAGUCUUCUAGCAUUGAACAAAUUAAAAAUGAGCUUAAAGAGAGAAAGUUGGAAUCCUUGAAAGCUCAAGAAGAAGAACAAGAGUGCAUCAAGGAACAAGAAACACUUAUUCCUUUAGAACAGGCUGCUAGGCAGAAGGUUGCAGAACUUAAGUUUGUUAUGGAUUCAGAGAAAAGCCAGGGAUCGGUCCUUAAAGCAAUUUUGAAGGCGAAGGAAUCUAAUCAAAUUGAGGGUAUAUAUGGGCGAAUGGGUGAUUUAGGUGCUAUUGACGCAAAGUAUGAUGUUGCGAUAUCAACCGCUUGCCAUGGACUUGAUUAUAUUGUUGUGGAAACAUCUAGUGCUGCACAAGCAUGCAUUGAGUUGUUGCGAAGGGAAAAUCUUGGUGUUGCAACUUUCAUGAUAUUGGAAAAACAGGUCGAUCAUUUGUUAAAGAUGAAGGCCAAGGUUAGCACUCCCGAAGGGGUUCCUCGCCUUUUUGCCAAGGAUCUUGAGCAGGCAACACGAAUCGCAUAUGGUGGUAGUAGAGAUUUUCGACGUGUUGUUACUCUUGAUGGUGCCUUGUUGGAGAAAUCUGGAACCAUGAGUGGUGGGGGAGGUAUGCCUAGGGGUGGUAAGAUGGGUACAUCAAUUCGAUCUGCCAGUGUUUCAGGAGAAACAUUUGGAAAAGCUGAGAAAGACCUUUCAGAAAUGGUUGAUGCACUGAGCAAAAUUCGCCAAAGAAUUGCUGAUGCCGUGCAACGUCACCAAGUGUCAGAUAAAACAGUGGGACAGUUAGAGAUGUCAUUAGCAAAAAGCCAACAGGAGAUUGACAGUUUGACUUCACAACAUAGCUAUCUUAAAAAACAAUUAGGUUCCCUUGAGGCUGCAUCGAAACCAAAAGAUGAUGAGCUCAAGCGAUUACGGGAGCUAAGGAAUAUUAUCUUGGAAGAGGAGAAAGAAAUUGAUAGACUUAUGCUAGGCUCCAAAACGCUUAAAGAGAAGGCUUUAGAACUUCAGAGUCAGAUAGAAAAUGUUGGUGGUGAAAGAUUGAAAGCUCAAAAGUCCAAAGUGAAUAAGAUUCAAUCUGAUAUUGACAAGACCGGAACAGAUAUCAAUCGCUAUAAAGUUCAGAUAGAAACAGGCCAAAAAACAAUUAAGAAAUUGACAAAGGCUAUUGAAGAAUCAAAAAAGGAGAAGGAACGACUUGACGAGGAGAAAAUUAAUUUGCAGGGUAAAUUCAAAGAAAUAGAAGUGAAAGCAUUUGCAGUUCAUGAGAAGUUCAAAGAGAUAGAAAAGCUUAUUCAUCUGCACGAAGAAGUCUGCGACACAUCCAAAUCUAAUUAUAAUAAAGUGAAGAAGACUAUGGAUGAACUUAGGGCAUCAGAGGUUGACGCUGACUACAAACUACAAGAUUUGAAGAAGUUAUACAAAGAAUUAGAGCUGAAAGAGAAGGGUUACAGGACAAAGCUUGAUGAUUUGCAUGCUGCUUUAGCAAAGCAUAUGGAACAAAUUCAUAAAGAUCUUGUUGACCCCGAGAAACUUCAAGCAACUCUUGAAGAAGACAAUGUUGAGUGUUGCGACCUGAAAAGGGCUCUUGAAAUGGUAACGCUGCUGGAUACACAACUAAAAGAAAUGAAUCCGAACCUUGAUUCAAUCACCGAAUAUCGAAGAAAAGUGGACGUGUAUACUGAAAGAGUCGAGGAUCUUAAUACAGUCACUCAGCAGCGCGAUGACAUGAAAAAGAAAUAUGAUGAAUUAAGGAAAAAAAGGUUGGACGAGUUCAUGUCAGGAUUUAAUGCUAUAUCUUUGAAGUUAAAAGAAAUGUAUCAGAUGAUCACACUUGGAGGCGAUGCAGAACUCGAGCUGGUGGAUUCUUUGGAUCCUUUCUCUGAAGGUGUUGUUUUUAGUGUCAGACCACCGAAAAAGAGCUGGAAGAAUAUUGCUAAUUUAUCUGGUGGUGAAAAGACUCUGAGCUCUUUAGCUCUCGUUUUUGCACUUCACCACUACAAGCCAACGCCGCUUUAUGUCAUGGAUGAAAUUGAUGCUGCUUUAGAUUUCAAGAACGUUUCAAUUGUUGGCCAUUAUGUGAAGGACAGAACCAAGGAUGCCCAAUUCAUCAUUAUAAGCUUGAGAAACAAUAUGUUCGAGUUAGCAGAUAGAUUAGUGGGGAUCUAUAAAACUAAUAAUUGCACAAAGAGCAUUACCAUCGACCCAGGAAGCUUUUCAGUUUGUGACAAAGUUGCUUGACAUUUUCCUUUUGGUUUUGAUAAUAUGUAUUAUAUAUAGAGAAAAGACAAUUCGUCUUUUUAUGCAAUUUCGUUGUAUACCUUCUUUACAUCAUGUAUUUAUGAUGGAAGUUUAAUGUAUGUCUUAGAUGUUAAACAGUAAUGAACAUUGAUUUUGUUAGUGGUCUUAGUUAGACAUGCAAAUAGUGAGUAAAAAACGUUGUAUCCCAACAUUCAGUUGUAUGUUCAUCGAUAUGAAAUUUGUAUUCUAUCACCA